CAGCGUGCCAAAGUGUCGACGCUAGGCGGCAACCUGUUGAGCAGGCCGGCCAGCUCCACUUAAGCGUUCUCAUUUGACUUUUUGCGCGGCUCUGCAGUUCCGAAUUCCAGCUCCCAGGAGGCGCACUAGUUCCGCCGCGCCUGCCUCACCCGUCCCAUAACGCGUCUGUCCCACUGCCUCUCCCCUUUGCAGUCGCCUCCUCCUCCUCCUUCUUUCUAGUUCUAUGAGAGCCACUACUCGCGGCUUAAAGUCUGAAAGAUGGCGGCGGAGGAUCGGUCCAGAUCAGACGCGGCUCGGCAAAAGCGCCGGGAGCAGCUGAACCGAUGGAUGGGCUCCGAGACCGAUCAAUCUGGUGCAACGCCGCGGGUUCGGGCGACUGGCUCGACGCGGGGGCGGGUUUGCUUCGCGCAGGGCGCAGUCUUCAUGGCCGCCUGUUCGGCUGGGGAUAGAGAAGAAGUCCGGGAGCUACUGCAACAGGGAGCCGAGAUAAAUCACACCAACGUGGACGGGCUGACAGCAUUGCACCAGGCCUGCAUUGACGAGAACCUUGAGAUGGUGGAGUUCCUUGUGGAGCAUGGAGCCAACGUGAAUCAACCUGAUAAUGAGGGCUGGACACCUCUUCAUGCUGCUGCAUCCUGUGGAUUUGUGGAGAUUGCACAGUACUUGAUAAAGCAAGGGGCCUGGGUGGCUGCUGUUAAUAGUGAGGGAGAGUUGCCACUGGAUGUAACACAAGAGGAGCCAAUGGAAAAGCUGCUGCAGGCUGAGAUCAAAAAACAAGGAGUUGAUAUAGAGGCAGCACGUCAGGAAGAGGAAAGGAUUAUGAUUCAGGAUGCUCAGCAGUGGGUGAAUCAAGGGAGAGUGGAGAUCAGCCGACAUCCAAAGACUGGAGCCACUGCUCUACAUGUUGCUGCAGCUAAAGGUUACAUUGAAGUUAUGAAGCUUCUUUUGAAGGCUGGCUUCAAAGUCAAUCUGACUGAUAAUGAUGGCUGGACCCCACUGCAUGCUGCAGCUCACUGGGGUCAGGAAGAAGCCUGCCGUCUACUGGUUGAGAGCUUUUGUGAUAUGAAUGUAGUUAACAAAGUGGGUCAAACCUCCUUUGAUGUGGCUGAUGAGAAUUUGGUGGACAUACUUGAGGAGCUACAAAAAAAACAAAAGGAUUUGCGUCUUGAAAAGGAGAGGCAGGACAAGUUGCAGGCACCACUCAUUGAGACCAGUCCAGUUUCCCAGAAUGCCCCAUCCCGAACACGCAGGAGCUCUAUUUCUCGCAUGAGCAGUAAAGAGAAGAUCUCGCUGCAUGACAAGGAGCGCAAAGCACUGGAGACCUUAGAUACUGUGGCCUUUGAAAGGGUCAAUGAUGAAGAAGAAGAGGCCCGCCGUGAAGCGGAAUCCAGCAGCUCCAGUUCUGAAGCAGAGUCGGAGAGCGAAUCUGAAGAAGAGCCUGACAAGAAAGUAAAAACCCGAGAAAUGAUCAACAACCUCAACAACAAACUCAACAGCUCAUCCAUCACCAAUGCAACAACAGUGUUGAGUUCCAUUAAUAAAAAGCCUCCCAACUUGCUUGGUAAGCCUCCAUUAGCGGUACGAUCUACAGAGGAAGAAAAAAAAGAACCACUGGUUCUUCCAACAUCAUGGAGGACUUCACUGCGAAAGACUGGUAGCUAUGGGACCCUAAACAGCACUAUUGCAGGUUCAAAUCAAGAGGAGAGUCAGGCUAAAGUGACCAGCGUAGGAGGAGUAAUCAGGUCCGCCUCCAGCCCCCGGCUGACUGGUCUAGAAGCAGAGGCCAAGGAUCGAGAUAACAAAGAACCUCGUCUUGCUCGUGUUCCCCCCACCCCUACUCGUCGUCUUUUUAGCAUUCCAGACAGCAGCCAAGAACCCCCGAGCAGCCCUUUAGCCCGCAGUAGCUCUUUUCCACGGCAUCUAACCUCUGACAGCAGCUCUGAACCCAGCAGUGUCUUGCCACGUCGUAUUAAUAGCCAAGGAGGAAACGAGAUUACAGACUUACCCUCAUCUUUCCAGCGGAGAUGGACCCGGGAGCAGUCAGAGGACAAGAGUAUUCCUUCUACAGCAAGCACUACAACAACAUCCUCCGUCACAACAACCACAUCUGUUUCAAAUGAAUUCAAAGAGAGACGCAGAUCAUACUUGACCCCAGUACGAGAUGAAGAAGCAGAGGCUCUGAGGAAGGCCAAAUCUCGACAUGCUCGCCAGUCAAGGAGAUCAACUCAGGGAGUAACACUGACAGACCUGCAGGAGGCAGAAAAGACCAUUAAGAGUGAGCAAGAAUCUAGAGAACAGGAGAGGAAGAAGAAAGAGCAGGAGGAGAAAGAGCGAGCUGAGGCUUUGGCCAAGUAUAGAAGUGGCCGUGCUGGAGAGGAAGGGGAGGUCAGCUGGAGGUCUCGUAUAGCUAACCUGCAGAAGUCAGAUCUGCUAGGCCUGACAACUCCGGGAGACUCUAACCACCUGCUCCGAAGUGAAACCGUUGAGAGCAGAGAUAGGGAAAAGGAGACAGAAGACAAACUUGGUCAACGGGGUACAAAUCUGAGAGAGAGACGGCGGCCACGAGGUAAAAGGAGAAUUACAGGACCACCUGGCACAGGCGGGGGCCAAGAGAGCGACGAUAAUGAGGACAGCGUUGAGGAAGGUGGAGGAGACAGAGCUGGACAGGAUUCCCAGACUCAGGCUGACAGAUUGAAUUCAAGGGGAGACUCGGUGUCCAAUGACAGGCUUGUUAGCCGAGGUUUCUCAUCCAGGGGUGGAUCUGCUCACAUGUUCUCUGAACCCGAUGUUGAAAGAAGAGACUAUAAAAAGCUGUAUGAGGUCAUCAACAGAGAGAAUGGGCAGCUACAAUCCCAACUCCAAGAGACCCAGAGACUGAUCAGUCAGACCAGAACAGAUCUGGACAAGGCUACACAGAGACAAGAACGUAUAGCAGACCGAUCUGCUCUGUUGGAGAUGGAGAAAAAGGAGCGUCGACUCUUGGAGCGGAGGAUCCAGGACCUGGAGGAGCAGCUCAAGGUGUUAGCAGAUCUGAAGGCAGAUAACCAGCGCCUUAAAGAUGAGAAUGGUGCCCUCAUCAGGGUUAUAAGCAAACUGUCUAAAUAGGAGCCCAUCUUCAGACAUGCAUGGCAGGGUGAGAAGGUUAAAAAGAGGGAGAGAAAGAGAGAAGAUAGAUCUAUCCUUUGGCCACCUUGCCUUCCAGUGCCAAAGAGAGGAUGAAAUUAAUGGCAACUCCACAAUCCAUAGCCAUUGUGCUUAGGGGACCAAGAAUUUCCCCUGAUGAAGAGCAGCAUGAAUGAGAAGAAUUCACAAAGGCUUGUUGGCAAGGAAACACUACCCCGCAGCGGAGACUGGCCACAUUUGGCCUGAUGCUCUAACUUGAGGUUACGUUGGUUGGACUAAUCUUGAAGUUGAUCACUUUUUGCAGUGGCAUUACCUGAAUCCGAGAAGGAAAGGGAAUUUAUUGGUUUGACCAUCUAUCCAUGCUGCUCUACCUACAAAUUCGGUCUGUUCAAGAGUACUUUGUGCCUAACAGUUUCCCCAACAUCCUUCUUUACUCCAUCCAUCUUUCCUAUUUCUCUAAUGUCACUGUUUCUGUCAAUUCUCAAAACUCUAUCCCUUUUCUGCAUUCCCUUUUUUUCUUUUCGUGGGUUCCCCCAUUGUCCUUACUCAUUUUCUAUCCCCAUCCUAGUCUUUUUUUUCCCCUUUAUGACUGUAUUCAUUUCUCUACUAUUUAUGUGUGCCAUAUGCUCAUUGGUUUUCAAAAAUUGUUUCUUCAUGUCCCCACACUUCUCUACUUCUUGUCUUCCUGGCUUUUUUCUUCUAAUCAGAUCUUCUCCAUUACCCGCUAACAGGCCCCUUCUUGUCAGCAGUAGUGUUUGAUAUCACCUGCUAUUUGUUUUGCUGCCUGCUUCUCCAUGAAGAUUAGAUUUUGGAAUGUUCAGGUUCCCGUGUCUUAUUGUGUGUUGCUGGUGAUUGGGGGUCACUUUGUUAAUUCCGGUCAAAUUAUAAUAUAUGUACAUCUGCUAGUACUCAUGGUAUAGCUCUAAGAAUUGUUGUUACAGUUGGUGUGGAGGGAUGUGAUGAGCUAUUCAGUGAUGGCAGCUCUUUGCAUCUUGGCCACAUGAUCAGUUGGUACAAAUCCUGGAGUGUCCUCAUCCUAGACAUUUACAGCACUGCCUGGUCACUGUAAGGAAAAGAAUUUGCAGCUGAGCCACAGCUGGAGUUAGCGAGCCAAUGGAAAUGUUGCCCUCUACUUGCUGAAUCCAAAUCCUUCCUUUCACACAUCAGUAUGAAAUGAAUUUGAUUUUUGUUCGGUCCCAGCUCAAUGUGACAGGCUGUUUAAAACGCAUUUUUACUUUUUUUCACACUCUAAUCAUUUUACCAUUGUUUUCAUAACAAAUGUAACUUACAGUAUGAUUCUUAACUGUUUAAAGGUACUCUGCAUUUUUUUUGUCCUCUCCUCAUUAAUAGCAGCAUAUAAUUUGGAAGCACUUUGUCCAAAUACAAAUAAAACUCCAAAACAGGAAAUGUGCUAAAUUAAUUGAAUUUACAUCCCAGCAGGACUUCAGUUUUAUUUAUUAUGGUGACACUGCCAGUUGGGAAGUCCCCUGGGACAUUAUGGCCAGUAACUGGGCUGCCAACAGAUUGGAUCUUACAGUCACAGAGUCCCUGAUUUGCCAGUUCUUAUUCAUUUCAAAAAUGUCGACAAACUGGACAUAAAACGGGGACAUGCUUGCAGUGUUCAGCCUUGUACUGUUUGAAAUUAUUUUCAAGCAUGGGGGACAAGUUAAGAAAUAUAUUGGUAAGAUUUUAAAAAGUUUCACAUGAUAACUGGGGUGACCUAUUUGAUCAUGAAUUAAAGUGACACUCUGGCUUUUUGCAUUAUGGCUAAAACAUCAAAGUCAUUUUCUGACAAUCCUGUUUUUGUGUUUUUUUUUUUUGGUUUUUUUAAUUUAUUUUCUUUUCACCUCACAGCACACCAUCACUCUGUUCAGUAGAACAGACAAUUAUAAAUACGUACAGUAAGGUCGUCCUGACUGCAGCCAGUGUGGUUCAGACAUCACUUUUAUUAUUUUGGUGAUGUCCGUGCCGUCCGUGUUUUAGCUUUCCAGCUGCAUUGUGCUGUACCUUAAAAUAAGAAAAUUGCACAAUUGUAUUCUAUUAUUUGUUUUAAACACUAAUAUGUAAUUUUAUCAGUUUGUUAUAUUUUACCUUUCCUAAAAUUUUUUGUUUCCUUAUACAUCAGCGGAGGGAUUGCAAUAUAUAUAUGUAUGUGCGUGUGUGUAAAAUAUAAUUAAAAUAAUUUUCAUGUUUAAUAUUUUUCACAUAUUUUCUAAUAUAUUAAAAAAGAUGUCACCUGAAUAGCACGACACUUAAAUAAACCUGCAUUUGUUUGUAA